AAUGGGUCCGUACUUUUUUUAUCUAAUUUCGUUCGUUACACUAAUGUUCCGUUUUGUUAAAAAAUAUUUUGGAACAGUCUUCAAAACUCUUACUCUAUAUUAAGACGUUUUUUAAGCUUGUUUAAGCAGACUGAACAUAUUCAAAUAAAACUUUUUUGUGUUUGUAGUGUUCGUACAUUCGCAGCCAUUGAAUUGUUCUUAAACAGAAGUAUAGAAUUAUAAACAGGAAGUAAAUAAAUUUCGAUAUCGAGUUACAAUAGAGGGAAAAUUAUAGGUUUUGAUAAAUGGCAUUUUCUGCACUCUGAAAUAUUACUUUAUUUUGGCACCAUAAAGAGGAAGUGUAGACUGUGUCGGAAAGUGUAGAGACUGGAUGAUGGGACAGGUACUACUUUUAAUGCUCUACCUUCUGUAUCUGGAAUCGACGGAUGCUAUACGAUUUCCCCACAUCAACACCGUGUCACAGCAAGAGGAUGUGGAUGUUAACAUAUCAACAAUUUCCAAGCGAAGAAUACGUUCUGCAAAUGGCUUUCCGCUAGAUCUUGACGUCAGAUUUACGUCAAAUAACCUACGUUCAGAUUUAAAACUGAGCAUAAAUGACGUCAGCGAUGAUGUACCAGUGGUUUUACAGAGAGCUGGGAAAAUGGUGUCUUACCGGGUCUCCUCAGAGGUGAGCUGUGAGGAUCAUGAUCACAGUUUCUUGAGGCCGCCGCAUUCUACAUGGACGUUUCAAACAAGGCGGCAUUUAUCGUAUGGCGGGCUGACGAUCCUGAAACGGAAAACUUUCUUUUUGUAUAAGGGUGUUUCCUUUUUGUAUGAGGGUGCCAAUAGAUUCGGGACGUACCAGUCUGGCGAUCGAGAGCUGCUCGUGCAGCCACCAACUUUCGUCAACGCCGGCCACUCCGUGACGGAAAUUGAAGAUACCAGCCCGACUGACACUGACUUCCUGGUAAACCCCGAUUUCAAUGCAAGCAGAGCUGAACAGAUAGUAGCAUCAAAUUACAAGAACUCCGACCGAGUGAAAAGACAGGCAACAGAUUAUGAAGUUGAAAUCUUCUUUGUUAUCGACUACAGUCUUUAUUCCUUCUGGUAUAGGCAUAUGACGGGCACCGAUUUAGAAAAGCAAACAUCGGCGAUUUCAGCCAUUAAACAAUUCUACGCUUUUGUUUUAAAUGCGAUGAGCGUUCGCUACAGCUCAGUGACGGGUUCAGGCUACACCAUUUCCCUCGUUUACGCGGGAAUAUCCAUUGCAACGAGUUCUACAGACGCACCGUACGUCGAGAAUAAUCUACAAUCAUUCGAUGUAAAUGGCCGUCGAGCGUUCCUGGCCGAACUCGUAUUGCCUGCCUUUAAGGACUGGGGAAAUACCAACCUUAAGCAGAAUUACAACUUUGACGUCGCUAUGAUGUUUACAGGUUAUGAAAUGGGCAGAUUUGUCAACAACGAGUUUUAUUCCGCUACUGCAGGCCUCGCCUACACUCCUGGAGCGUGUAGUAACUUGAAUUACAACAUCAACGAAGACCAUUUCGGGGCGGUUCUAGCCACGAUUGCUGCACACGAGUUGGGACAUAAUUUGGGCGCCCAGCACGAUGGUACAGUCGACGGUAAUGGCGAACUUUGUUCGAGUGACGAUGCGUAUGUGAUGGCUCCCUCUUUUGGCGUAUCUUCUGACGAGAUCAAAAACCUCCAUCGCUUCUCAUUUUCUUCAUGCUCCAUCGAUUACUUUACUGCGUAUAUCACUACGUUUAACACUGACGGCGAGAAUUGUCUGGCAACUCGCAACGUCAACUAUAACACAUCUGACCUUGACCCUUAUUUGGGUGACCUUGCCGGUCAGGUGUACACUCCAGACCAGCAGUGUGAAUACUUGGAGGGAGCCGGUUCCUACCUCUCCAGGAUCAGCUAUGAUUCGGAUUACAGUGGGAUCUGUUCCAUAAUGAACUGUUUGGUGCCAGGAAGUUCUAGCUUUUAUAGAACUAAUCUCGCCUGGGAGGGUACAACUUGUGGGGACGGAAAGCUGUGUAGUGGUGGAUCAUGUGUUGUAUCGUCUAGUGCUCCGGCUGUAGCGAAUGAGUCAUGUAUGUUCGGGAACAACCCAAGCAUCGUAACGUUCGAGACGGUGACGUGCAGCGAAUUGCUGGCUUUUCCCAACACCUCAUACAAAUGCUACAGCAGCCACAUUCGCCAAGAUUGCUGUGAAACAUGCGAGCAAAUAAGGCUCGCAAACGUGAACAACGCUGAUUGCCCCUAUGGAGAUCGUUCAACGUCAUGUAAUGCAGCUUUUUGUCCACAUUAUACUGAUGAGUCAAGAACAGUUUCAUGUUGUCAAACAUGUGCAGCUACAGCCACAACCAUCUCAACGCCCACUACAACAACACCAACAACAACUUCUACUACACCAACUACCAUUACAACUACACCAAUAACAACAACCACAGCACCAACAACAACUACCACUACACCAACUACAACAACCACUUCACUCACUACAACAACCACUACACCCACUGCCACUACAACAACACGGACUACCAAUACACCAACAAUAUCUACCACCACACCAACUACCUCUACAACAACACCAACUACAAAUACACCAACAACAAUUAAAUCUACACCACCACCAACAACAACUACACAAACAACAAUAACUACCACUACAACACCACCAACUACAACUACAACUACAACAAUUACAACUACACCACCACCAACAACAACUACACCAACAACAACAACUACCACUACACCAACAAAAACAACCACUUCACCAACAACAGCUACCACUACACCAACAACAACAAGAACAACCAAUACACCAACAACAACUCGAAUUACCCUUACACCAACAACAACUACUACUACUUCACCAACAACAACAAUCACUUCACCAAAAACAACAACCACUUCACCAACAACAGCUACCACUUCACCAAUAACAACUUCCACAUCACCUACUACAGCUACCACUACACCACCAACAACAACCACUUCAUUAUCUACAACUACCACUACACCAACUAAAACUACCACUUCACCAACAACAACUAUCUCAUCACCAGCUACUAUGACUACCACUAAACCAACUACAUUUAUCACUACCCCAACUACAACUAAACCUACGACGACAGCCACUACACCUACUACAACUACAAUAACAACAAAAAGAACCAGGGUUACAGUGGUCUUCCCAAUCUUUAUCUCUCCGAAUGUUGACUUGAAUGAAGGCAGUUCGGAUAAUCUCUACAUUGCUCUUCAGCUAAGGAAUCAACUUCUUCAAAUAUUUGGACUGCGGAUGGGGCAAAAAGUCCAAAACAUCUUGAUUAUUUCAUUGAGGCGAGGUGUUAUUGCUGACUUUGAGAUCGUUUAUGAAGACUCAGUGCAAUCUAUCGCCCUGUUUACCGAGGCAAACAUUGACCUACUUACCGGAAAGGAAACUGUAACUAUUCUUAAUGAAACCGUCUCGGCCUCAUCGAUACAGGUCAACACCACAAUUGUGACAAACGAAACAUCGAGCGGGGCGUUGGUCUGUGCUUUGUUUGAGGCAAGCGGUGGCCAGUGUGACAACGGAUAUGAAUGUGCGACGGUCGACGGAGCCCCUACCUGUCACAGACAGAAAACAUCAGAUGAAAUGACCUUGAUCAUUGUGGUUGUGACAGGCAGCUUAGUCUUUCUUUUAAUCACAAGUAUCGUCAUCUGCGUAUCGGUUCGCGAACGGCGGAAAUACAAUCUCCCGAACUAAAGUAGGUUACACAUGCCCUGGUGACGUAAUUUACUUUGCAUACGAAACAUAAAUGUUUGAUACUGUUAUUAAAUAAAUUUUAAAGACAAACCGAAUGUAAGCUGCUUAUUUUAUUGGUAUCAAAACGUAUAAAGUAACUACAUGUAAGUCGUAAAGAAUUGUUUAGUAAAUUGUGUUGUCCUUUUUCGUUUAUUUUUGAAACAUUGUUUUAUGCAUAUUUGUUGUUAGUUUGGAAGGAUUUUUACUUUUUUCUACAUUGUUUUGAAUUCCUUCUGUUCUGUUUCGGUUUGUGCCAUACAACCAUCUAAUCAUUGAUUGUCUAGAGAUUGGUUUCUACAUUUUACUGACCGUUCCAAGGCGGUACCUAACAAUUAUUGAUAAACAUACCAAUUAUUUAUAUAUAUAAAUAGUAUUUAUGCACUGUGCUGUUUGUAGAGUUUUGUGCUGUUCUAUGUUUCUUGUUUGUGAAUUUCUUUGGCGUUUGUCCAUUGCCACUUAACCGGGUUUAUGUUUAAACAUUUUGCUACUGAGCAUGUUUCUGUAGCUUUUUACAUAUAUAUAUUCUAGAUAUAUAAAUACCAAUUAGUUUAAUAGGUUUUCGUGAUGAAAACUUAAAAUGGUAUUUAUUUUUUAAUUAUUUCUUUCAAUGAAAAUAAGGUUGUUAACUAUGUAAAUUUUUGUCAUUUACAAUCCAUCUAUAUAUGGCCAAGACACAUAUGUUUAUGUGAACUUUUAUAUACAUCCUGAAUGAAGUUUUGGGUUAUAAUUAUUCAAUGAAUGUGUUAUGCACGUGGUCCGAUAAUCACACUUUCAUUAUGCGUGUAUCAUGAUUAAAAAUAUUGUGAAAUCAU